CGUGACGGUGAGCACGGGGGCAGGAAGUCACGGACGUGCCGUGUCCUGUGUCGUGCGUGUGUCGUAUCCUGUAGUCUCGGGUAGUGACACGUGGCGAUUGGCCAGUCGUUGUGAGGAGCGGAUAUGGCAACGACGGGCCAAAAGGUGAAGUACAUCUUGUCUCAGCGUGCGUACGUAAAACUCGUUCUUCACGCUUUCAAGUAUCAAUCUCUAGCCGUGAACGGGGUUUUGAUCGGACGGCUGAGGAAUGCUGGCGAUGGCGGCGAAUCUGCAGAUCCUAAGGGUAAUCGUGAAGUGGUUGUUGAGGAUGCCGUGCCAUUGUUCCACGGCCAGCUGGCGCUUUUACCGAUGCUGGAGCUGGCUCUAAUGCAGAUCGAGUCGUAUGCAUCAACUGAGAAUUUGAGCAUUGUGGGCUAUUAUCAUGGGAAUGAGCGCUACGAUGACGUCGACUUUGGCAAUGUGGGCAGCAGGAUCGCAGCGAAGAUUGCGGAUUAUUUCCCUGAUGCGUGCGCUCUUCUG